AGCAAAGGCAAGCAGUUGAGCUCGAUGGUCUCGAGGAAUCUCGUCGUUGCUCUCCUGCUCAAUUUCAGAUGCUGCUGGUGGUGCGGCGGGUGGUGCUGUGGGCGAAUCAAGUUAGAAGCAAGAGGGAAAGAAAGAAUCAGGAGGAAAAAGGGGCGAAGAGACGUUGAGUAGUUGUACGCCGAACGUGCCUUCGUCGACGUUCUCGUUCUUGUUCUCGUCAACGACUUGAGUUCGAGGACAAGCCGUUUGUUGUUGAGUUGGGCCAAAUGAGUUCGCCUCCAGUUGUUGUUCGAUCCUAAUCCAAUGAUGAGUAACGCACAAUGUGUGUUCCAGGGACCGUACGCUUGCCUCAGUGACGCCUCGCAACAAUGAGGAUCAUUGCCAAUCAAUUGAGAUCCAGUUCACCCACCAAGGACAACUCAUUGGUGACAACAGAAGAUAAGUGAGGGAUCGAGAGAGUGGGACGGAAACGUAUGUCCGGACUCGUGGUGAUACAGUGGGCCACAACAGUGCACAUUGAUCAAGUUUCUGUUUCUCCGUUUGUGUUGCUUUCAGUACUUGAAAGCCAUCUCGUAAUAUAGUGAGAGAGUGCCCCAAGCAUUUCUUCUUCGUGUAACAAAGGACAACCAGUUUGGAAGUUUGAACUUUUCUUCAUUCACAACUUGUUCAUAAGGGCUUCUGUGGUGCCAACGUGAGUGCAACAAUCCGAUCCAAACGAGGACACAACCAACGGCUUGGGAGUGUAUCGCACACAUAACAACAUAACCACAGCGAACAUCAACAACAACGACAACAGCAACGGGGCAUGUGCCGCGCUACUUUGUGUAUCGCAGAAAUGCAUUCCUGUAUCGCCUCGUAGCCCAAAGCCAAGAAAGAGUACAAACAAACAUUCGACGGUAUAAGACAUUUUUGGAAGUCGCACUCGCUCAAUCAAAGAGAGUGUACACUAACCUAGGGAUAUCCAAUCACUUCGGUGAUUCAAGUGUCAAAUGCAGUGUUUGGGCUACGAACAAGCCAACUUUAUGAAUGAUCAUCCAUUUGUUCUCGUGUGUUGUGUUCCCGUCUGUGCAAACAAAUUAUCCCAAGUUCAGAGCGGUGCCGAUUUACCCGCAAACAAAAUUGACGAGCUUGCUUGUUCAAGAGGGGCUGUUCUUCGGUUAGCUCCACAACCACAGAGACGCAGGCAUCAUGCCGACGAAGAGGUUGUGUAGCUAGCUCAUGGGUGAAUACGAAGAAGUUGACAACGAUAAGAACAAAAAGAAUGGCUAACUAAGUGUCUCUCUCUUUCUCUCUCCUUGUCGCAUCAAGCUUUCCCAGUUCGAGUUCCCGCCGCUUUGCUUCGUCCUAAAGUUUGUCACCACAUAAAUCCAAGGAAUCCGUGUCAUUCAACCGUUUCGAUCCGCAGUAUCACUCGUACAGGCUAUCUAUCGUUUGGAGGCAAGACUCCUGGGAAUAACCCAGAGAGAAGGAAUGAGCAUGAUGAAUACAAGCAAGCAAGCAAGCUGGUUGACAAGUGCGUGCGUAAUAUGACUCUUCUUUAUGAGUGAGAGGGAAAAACCUCGUUCCCAUGCAAGAUCAGCAUAUUAUUGUUACUAUUAUUGUUAUUAUUCACUUGUUCUGAGACCCUUGACAUAUCGCACAAGCAGGACCAAUUCUAUGUCUCCACGUUUUCUAGUCCUCCGCCGACCUUUUACGUGACUAUCAGAAGAGAUUAAUUAUGGCUGCCAGACUCGAUUCGCUCCAUGCUCAAUUGGGUUGGCUUCUGGAAAAUGCUCAAUCGUUACUAGCCGAUUCUGCCCCGUCCUCGACCACAGGGGGCGGCAACCUCUAUUAUGGCGGUGGGAGUGGUCGAGGAGGCCAUGGUUCUACCAUAGGCCAAGCCCCACCCCCGGUGUAUUCAUUCGUAGCUAUGCAAAGCGAGAUCCGAACCCUGGAAUUUUGGCGGUCCAUAAUUGCUGAAUGCAUGGCCACUUUUGUGUAUGUGAUGAUUGUUUUAUCCGUGUCCACCACCUCGUCCGAACACACGCAACAGACGAACUGUGCCCUGGCUUCUGGUCUCGUUAUGGUCAUGUUGGUGGCCGUCUUCGCCCGUGUGUCUGGCAGUCACACCAACCCAGCCAUAACCCUAGGGAUGACCCUAACUCGAUACAUAUCGCCCUUGAGGUCUGUUCUCUACAUGUGUGCGCAAUGCGGGGGUGGCAUUGCCGGCGCCGCUUUGACUUUGGGCGUUCACGGACGAAUUAAUGACCCGGCUCUCAAAUCGGAACGAGGCACGUUUGGAAUGGAAUACGUUCUGUCCUUCUUGGUGGUGUACACAUACUUCGCUGCCAAAGAAACUCGAGUAUCUCCCAGCCAUCGCACACGAACUCUAGUACCUGGCCACAUUCGCAUCAAUCCAAUCUUUGUUGGGGUCGCUCAUGCAGCCUGUCUAGUGGCUUGGAAGGGAUCUCUGAACCCUGCCAGAGCUCUUGGGUCCGCCUUCGUCAGCCGUAGUCCUGAUCGGUUCGAUCAACAUUGGGUAUUUUGGGUGGGUCCUCUGCUAGGGGCAAUCACUGGUGCCUUUGCCUUCGAGUACAUCUUUAACCCAAGGCGAAAAGCGUUUACGUUUUCCCGCUUAAGAGGCCCUCACGAUCUUGAAAACGUCUCCAUUCGCUCCGAGGACGACAUGAUUGACGAUUUAGAGCGGGCCAAGCAAUACCGUGCGAACAUCAUGCAAGAUUUCCAAGAUCCCACACACCCUGCCUCUUCCCGAGGGGGUCCUUACAGUAAAAGACCGGGAGCUUCCGGGAUGAAUCAUAUCAACGGAGCUGACUCGGUGUAUGGGGGGUCCAAGUCCGUGUAUAACCAAUCGAUUUAUGAUUCCAAGUCCAUGUACGAUGGAACCAAAUCAAUGUAUGAUGGAUAUGAUGGGAUGGACCGAAAUGCAGCCAAUCUGAGACGUUCCCGAUCAAUUCACACCAAGUUCCCGCCCCCUAACCAUGCUGUGACUCGACGAAACCCUUACGACUACCUUCCGGACGAACCCACCAAGGCGGACAUGAUGCAAACAGAGAGUGGGCCUCGACUCAUGGGCAAGUCCGGUAGCCCUCGAUAUUUGGACGGCUACGGCAACGAGAAAAUGGAUCUGUACGGAGAGACGGGUUAUGGUGCUUUGCGAGGCGGCCCUAUGGGCAAAGGAGGCUUGCUCGCCACGGCCAGUGACAUGCGACCCAUGGACGACUCAUAUGACUCCAAUUAUAGCAGUUCUGGCGUCAAGAGGUCAUCUGCCCUCCAGUCUGGCUUGAGUGCCUCCGACUAUCAUCAUCGUCAGCAACAGGAAGUCAAUCAUUUGAGCCGAGAUCGUGAUUUCCCGCCUUCGCGCGGUGGAGUAGGAGUGGGCGGCGGAGUCGGUGGUGGGUUGGGGGGCAGUGUAUCUGGCCCUGGGCACACGCGAUUACGAGGGACAACCGACUACUAUCCCUCACCCAGUCAGCAGUACAAUGCCACUUAUUCACAACAAAAUGGGUGCUCAAUUACCAACAACCCAGUGCCCAAUUACCAUCACUCUCCCAGUGGAGCAGUGACUGCCGUAGGCGCGUCUGUCCCAGCGGCUCCUGUGGGCACGGGAGCAAAUUACUAAAGCCCCUUCUGAUGUGGCAAGCGUGGUUGUUUAACUCUUAUAAUCAUCCGGAGAGAUUGCCCACCGAAUCAGACCCUGUGCUUCGUUCGUCGUCCAACUACAAAGUGUGCGGUUUGCGCUUCAAAUGUUCUCUUCCUCUCUCUCGCUCUCUCUCCAGUGCUUCCUCGGCUUCCUUCUAUGAUCUAGUAUUCUAGAAGCUAGCUGGCUACUGCCAAUGUCGAAUACUUCGACAUCGAUCACCAUGUCUUGAGUGCUUAUCCCGGAGCAUAUUUCUGUUGGCUCUCCAGGAUGAUCUUCACGUGCAAUCAUCAACCAUGAACACUCAAUCAAAUGUCGUUCUUGUUAGAGUUUUCUAUCACAUAUCACACUCGUUUUAUCCCCACCCCUUGUGAGAGAGUCUCAUAGUCUUUUUAUCUUCUUCGCAGAUUGGCAAUAAUGGCUAGAUGGGUUGCUCGAAUAUCUCGGAGAAGUUGAACAUUUCUCUAGCUUUGGGAUAGAUGUGUCAGUUCCCUGGAGACUUUAGUUCCAAUAAUUAUAUUUCCGGGAGCUUUUCCUCCUUCAAAUGAGUCGGAGUUGAUUUUUUUGCUACUCUAACCAAUAACAAUCUUCUCUACCCUUCAUGCAUCCUCUAGUACGAAGUCCAACCAAAUCCUCAAAGAUUGGACCAUGUGAAACGAGAAGGUAAAUCCUUCGUUUCUUCAGUGGAAAGGAGCUACAGUAGUUAGCUGCUGCUUCAAAAAGGUUUUUCUACUAGAGGCACCUCUCUUUUCUUGAUGUUUUCUGGACACCAGCGAGGUCGACUCAACCUCAUUCGUGUGGUCGUAAUUCCCUCAGACUGAAUGAAGGGCGGCUUUUUAUACAGUAGAAACCAGUACUGGAACCAGGAAAAGACACAGAACGGAAACCCGAAGAAAGAUGCAAAGCUUCAACUUCUGUGCCAGAAACGAAAGUGCACUUUUCGAUCCAUUGAGAUCGUCAUUUGAUGCGCUCUAUAGAUGCGUGCGUUAUGUGCAAGCACACACAAGUACGCGUGUCUCCAUAUCGGAUGAUCCAACAGGAUGUGAUUUUUGUCUCAUCAAAAGACUGAAUCGAGUCGAUUCGAUUAGUCUGUAAAUUGGGAUUCGUUGGCAUUAUUAACCAAUAUCAUGACUACUUACAGUACGUACAAUACUUGCGUACAUAAUAUGUAUAACGUUGACUCCAAAUGAGGGUUAAUGUUUUGAACGACAAAUGGCAUUGCGCGCUUUCAUGGAUGUUAUAGCCUAAUGAUGAUGCUGAGAAUGGGUAAAUUAAGUCAUGAUGGCAAAAAAACGAUAAUUCAUCGUUAUAUUGAAUACUGAUCAUUAUGAUGAUACAAAUACUCCCAACUAUUCACUAGCGUUGUGAUGAAAUACCACGUAUUAUAUCAACAAGCACUCUUGAUACUCAUAUCUGAAAUAAACCAUGACCUUUUAGCUUG